GGGAGAGAUUCCUCAGUGGACACUACCAGUACUUGCCUUUCGUGAUUGGACAGUCAACAAAUAAAAGUCACAACUUAUGGGUAAACAUUCAAGAGGCUUUGUCAUUAAUUAAGCAAAAGAUUCCUCAAACUGCUGAUGUUCACAAUGUUGUUUAUGAGUCUGAGAUUGAGCGACCUUUGUCGGUGUCAUCAAAGCUGACAAGUAAAACUAACAAAAAGACACAUCAAUGCCCAGCGAUUGUGAGUGAUGGUUUUGUACGACAUCCCUGAGGGAAGUACUGAAGCAGAAGAAGCUAUCAAGUCAUGGGAAGAUCAUCCGGCGUGUAUACAAGCUAACAUAGACCCUAAUCACGUUCGUCCUCGAUGCUCAUGUAUACCUCAACAACCAUUUAGUUACAAGAAGGUACUUCGUCAGUUGUUCGGAGGAGGAACUACAGAUAACAGCGAGACCACUCUGGGAGACAGGGAUGAAUUUGUGCAAGACAAGGGUGCUGAUAAUUAUGCUGCAGAGUUAAAGAAUACAUUGAUAAGUUUCACACAGGAAUUUGAGGAGUUGAACAAAAAAUACGAAGAGAUGCUUGCAGAUCAAAACACACCAAAAGAAGAUUUGGAACAUACUGAAAUUUUGCUAAAGAACAAGGAAGAGGAAAUAAAAGAGAUAUUAACAAGAUUUAAUGAGGUGAAAGAAAUCACUGAUAGGAAUCACUUGGAGGGAAACAAAACGAGGGGUGGAUUCUAUAACUUGGAGUCGUACAAGAGCACUACAUCAGUUCGGCUGGCUCAAACUCUACGUAGGGUGCAAAUAUUCAAAGAAUCAUUAAAAAGAAGACCUAGUGGUGCCUAUCCAACAAAAAAUGUUCUUGUACAAAGUUCAUAUUGAUAAAAGAAGUGUAUCAUUUACUCUAA